UAUCGCGCGCUGCUCCCGCAUCUCCGUGAGAAAGGCACUGGUACCUUGAUCACUAUUGGCUCCAUGGCUGCCUGGUACCCCAUGCCUGGUUGCAACCUGUACAAUGCCUCCAAGGCAGCCUUGCGCUGGCUAGCAAUUGGAUUAGCUGGUGAGAUUUCUCAGUUUGGCAUUAACCACUGCUUGGUUGAAUUAGGCUUUUUCCGAACCGAAUUUUUAAACCCAUCUGCCAAUAUCUCUGGUACGAGCAAGAGCAGCCGCCUACCUGCAUACAGAGAACUCAACAGUACAACUGAUGCCAACUUUGCUGCAUUCCAUGGUGCUCAGCUCGGUGACCCGGUCAAGGGAGCUCAAAUCAUCUAUGAUGUGGUCACCUCUUCCGGGGCUGCAGCUGGGCGGAAGUUGCCGGAGUUGCUUCCUUUGGGAAGUGAUGCCAGCGAGGAGAUAUCGAAGUCUGCAUCCAGAACAUUGGCAUCUGUGGAGGAAUUCAAAGCCAUAAGCGCAUUGAGCGACAUUCCCAAAGCGUAA